AUGGAUAUCGAUCCGCAGAUCCGUCCUGCUGUAACACCGGUUCGAUAUCGGAGGAAGAUCUGUCAGUAUAGCCUCCUACCGCUGAGAAGUGAAGGCACGGCUGCGAGUCCGAUUGCAUUGAAUGAUCUGUCUAUCUCAGCUGUGAAAGAGAGUUGGUACAGAGCAGUUAAGGGAAGAGAUUCCUUACAAGGAGUGGAUGGUCCUAAUUGCAAAUUUUUAUCCCUUACUGUUAAGGCAUGCAAAGAAGCCAUCGAACAGGAAAUCUGA